GCUAAAGUUCCAUAACAAAUGCAAUUAAAGGCAGCAAUAUAGUCCUCUUAAAGAGGUCAUAAUUUGGAAAGUAUGUUAGUGCCUCACUAAUUGAAAUAUGUAAACAAUGUUACUUAGACCUGACCAGAGGUUGUAUGAGUUCCCUAAACCAUUACCUGGGCGGAGGCAUGGAGCGUGCAGGUAAACAAGACCAUAGUGGCCCGACUGGCUCAUCACCCGUGAAGAAACAUUUAUUAAAAGACUCUCACAUUCCCGCCAUCAAGAAAAUCCUGGGUUGGCGCCUCUUGGCGGGCGCGGGAAGUGAGCGCGGGAAAGAGAGAGCUGGAAGCAAGAAUAAUAGCAUCAUUCCUAUUCCGUGCAUGUUGUCGGGAGCCGUUGUAAUAACUUAGUUGUUGUAGCCUCUUACUCGGCCAGCUUCAGUUGGCAUUAUUGUCUCCCCGGCAGUCAGUGUGAGAGGUCGACAUGAUUCAUUUGAACACCACUGAAUUCAAGAAUGGAGGCCAGCAGUUAAUGGGCUCCCAGCGUGCAGGAGGAGGAGCAAAGAAGCCAGGGGGUGGAGCCAUGACUUGUAUUGACCAGUCAGCUGCCGCCUGUGGUGAGUGCUAGCGGGGGGGGCGGCGCCUCGGUAACGGACAUUUAGAGAGGCGUGUGUGACGUUCAUGUGUCAGUAUCACAGUGACAGGUGGAGUAUACACACCUCACCAUGAUUCACGCUACAGGCAUUCCGUUCUUCAACCCGCUGCUCAGUAUGGGUGGCAUGCCCUUUCCUUGGGCACUGCCUACUCAGGGAUCACCACCGAGCUCGCCGCCGUCAUCUCCCGUAUCCAGCACCAGCUUGUGGCACCGCCCGCAGCCAGCCAGGGCGGCCUCCUUCACCAUCGACGCCAUCCUAGGUCGCCGCCAACAAGAGGCAGAACAAGUUGGUCGAUCCUUGGCACUCCGCCGGGAAGAGCGGCUCUCCCGGCCGUCGCCCUACCCCGCCGUCAGCAGCGACCUCAGUGGUAGUGGUGGCAGCCACUCCUCCAGCACCUCCAAUUCAUCAGCCAAGGCGAAAGUUAAGCGAGUGAGAACCAUAUUCACAGCGGAACAGCUAGAGCGCCUUGAAGCUGAGUUCGCUCGUCAACAGUACAUGGUGGGACCCGAGCGGUUGUACCUGGCGGCGGCGCUCAACCUGACGGAGGCACAAGUCAAGGUGUGGUUCCAGAACCGACGGAUCAAGUGGCGUAAACAGUAUAUGGAACAGCAACACGCCAAACUCGCUGGCAACCAGGACUCUUCUCUGCUCCCUGACGGCGGCGAUGAGUCUCUCACUCCCACAGAAGGCAGGACAUCGCCCCUCGGAGACUUGCCUGCCUCCCCUGCGAGUCCCAGCAGCACGGGGGAGCCGCCAGAAGAGCAGCAAGAGCCACAGCAGCAGCAACAACAGCAUCAGCAACAGCAGCAGCAGCAGCAACAACAGAACAGCCUGCCGACGCUUCCCACCCCGCCAUACCCGACGUACUUGGCGGCGACGUUGACGGCGGCGUACGCAGAGCAGCAAAGUGAACCCGCUGACCUGACCACCUGCAACGCCAGAGCAAAGUGAAGCAGCAGGCUGGGGUCUUCCCCUGACUCUCAUCACCCUGUUCUCCGUGACACAGUGAAACGUGCGGAGUUCACGUUCCUGCUGCCAGUGUCUUCAUCGCCCGCCUCGAUGUUGCUGCAGCCGCUCCAUCGCAGUAUUUUGGUGCCGUUGGUGGUGCAGCACACGGCCGACGGCGGCGCUGCAGAAGACAGUGUUGACCUUCCACUACCUGCAACGUAAUCGAUUUGACAUCGCCAGCACUACACAAGCUGGAAGUUACUUGCCAGACCUCAGGACACUCUCGAGUGUGACAACAGUUAAGAACGAACGCUUGAAGACUGCUUCAAGUCUGCGCCCUUAUGCAUAAACCAAAACACAAAUUAUUCCUAAUAGAAGAGUAGUGAAGUAGCUGUUGUGAGGUGAGCUAGACAAAUGUCAGCCAGGUGGCAGUGUCAGCCGGUACACUGCACCUGUGUGGGUCACACUGACCAAGACAGAGUUUUUUUAAA